GUUGCAAAAGCUCUUCCCACCCUCCGUGGGGUCAAAGUCUGUACGAAACCAACAACAGACCACAGACAGAGUCGAAUAGGAGGGUUUUCACUUCAACUAGAGGAAUACCGAGUUUAUACAGUAUUUAUAAGAUGGCUCUACUGCUGGAAUGCAGAGUUUUGGUACUGUUGGCGUUCUUCUUAGCGCUUGUUCCUGUGUGGGCAAAAGGAAAUGGGCCAGUGUUACGCAGACAGAAAAGAGCAUGGAUCAUAGCUCCCAAAAAGCUAUUGGAGAACCACAAUUAUGGCUUUGAUAAUAUUGCUAGAAUUCGCUCGGAUAAGGAGAACUUCACGAAGAUCAUAUAUGAAUUAACAGGGCCUGGUGCGGGCGACACAUUUCAAGUCGAUCCUGACACUGGUUAUGUGAAAAUCUAUGCCGUUCUGGACCGAGAAGAGAUUGCCGCCUAUCACUUAAAAGGCAUAGCAAAAUUCGCAUCCAAUAGAAGCUACGCUGAAAAGAAUAUCGACCUUAACAUUACUGUUGUGGACGAGAAUGACUGCCCGCCGGUCAUUAAAGCACAGCAAGUUGGAUAUGUCAAUGAAUCCAGUGCGGCAGGAACUGUUGUCAUGAAGGUGAUAGCCACUGAUGCUGACCAAGAGGACACAGACCACUCCAAGAUCUUCUAUAGCAUUGCGGAGCAGAGUAUGGAUAAGAUGUUCUCAAUCAACGCUCAGACCGGAGAGGUCUUUGUUCGACAGAAUACUCUAGACAGGGAGACAAAAGAUACGUACAAGUUAAUUAUUAAAGGCGCUGACCUGUUUGGACGGGCGGGAGGAAACACAGGAACCGGAGAGAUUGUGGUAAAAAUUCUGGACAUAAAUGACAAUAUUCCAACUCUGGAAAAAGAAUCGUAUGAAGGGAGCGUGGAGGAGAACACUGUCAAUGUGGAGGUGAUGAGGAUCAAAGCCAUUGAUAAGGAUCUGAUUCACACUGACAACUGGCUGGCUGUCUAUGAAAUUGUUUCAGGGAAUGAAGCAGGCUAUUUCACUAUUACUACAGAUUCUGAGACCAAUGAGGGAAUUAUCACAAUUCACAAGGCCCUGGACUAUGAGGAGCUAAAGGCACUCAACUUGGAAGUGGAAGUUAAUAACAAAGCUGGGUACAAUUUUGGCAGUUCGUCUGUCAUGGGGACCAGUUCGUCUGUCAUGGGGACCACAGCCACCAAAAGAUACCCUGUUAAAAUCAAUGUGAUCAAUCAGAAGGAAGGCCCUCGUUUCCAACCAACUGUCAAAGUGGUGCCUCUCUCUGAAGACAUGUCCUCCACCUCCAUCAAUAAAAUCAUCACCACUUACUUUGCUAUUGACAGUGACACACUCCAGAAAGCCACCAACGUAUGGUAUAGAAAAAAACGUGAUGAUGACAACUGGUUGAUUAUUGAUGAAAAGACAGCUGAUAUCAGGCUGAAUAAACUGCCUGACAGGGAGUCCAAGUUCUUGGUCAAUGGAACAUAUUAUGCCGAAAUUAUAUGCAUCAACAAUGACAUUCCCUCAAAGACUGCCACAGGGACCAUAGCCAUUCAGGUGGAGGACUUUAAUGAUCACUGUCCAAAACUGACCACUACAGCUCAUACCAUGUGCCUGGAGGAUAAUGUGAUCUAUGUGACAGCUGUAGAUGAAGAUGCGUUUCCAAAUUCAGCACCGUUUGAGUUCAGUGUGAUUCAGGAGAGCAGCAAGGGGAAAUGGACAGUGGAGCAUUUUAAUGACACCACAGCCAUUCUGCGAGACCAAGCCAACUUAUGGCCAGGCAACUACAAAAUAGCACUGUUGGUCAAGGACCAGCAAGGAAAGUCGUGCGCUGAUGUUCAGGUGAUGGACUUAACUGUGUGCGCUUGCCCAGAACACACUAAAAGUUGUAUGGAGCGCAUUUCGAAGACUGCAGGUUUUGGUGCUGCAGGUAUCCUGCUUCUGCUCCUGGGACUGUUGCUGCUGCUACUGGUGCCCCUGCUGCUGCUGUUCUGCCUGUGUGGAGGUACAGCAGCUAUAGGAGAUUUUAAAGCCAUUCCAUUUGAUACGAAACAACAGCUGAUUUCAUAUCACACUGAGGGGCAGGGAGAAGACAAGGACGUUCCUCUUCUACAUGGCCCAAUGGAAGUUGAUAUGGGUGCAAUAAAUGCCAAUAACAUAAAUACAUUUGAGUCAAAGCCAUACACAGGAGGAUUCUCUGAGAUGGGAGCUGUAGGUGCUGGAGCAGGCCUUGGUAGUGCUAUAAACACAGCUGAGAACAUGCACAUGUACAGCCAGUACAGAAACUUCAAUGGGCAGGAGCAGAUGAAUUUCACCGGUGCAGGAACGAUGGCAGGAUACGGAGCGGGAGCCUUUGAUGACAUGGCUCUGUCGGAUCAGUUCCUGGGGGAGUACUAUUUAAGUAAAUCAAUCCAUGCUGCAGAACAAUCCCAGGUGAAGGAUGGUCUGAUGAUCUAUAACUAUGAGGGUCAGGAAUCUCUAGCAGGUUCUGUAGGUUGCUGCAGCCUUCUUGAGGAUGCCAAUGAUCUUGCAUUCCUCAAUGACCUGGGGCCUAAAUUCAAAACCCUGGCUGAGAUUUGUCAGGGAUCAGCCUUAGUGACCGAGACUGUGGAUGCAGGAGUUUCUGUCUCUCCACCCAGGCCCUCCACCCACACACAUGUCCAUACUCACACAGAAACAGUCAGGGACAGGGACCGUGUCAACAUCAACACCCUCGACACCUCCAAUGUGGCGUCUGGGUCCUCCACUAUUGUCCAGGAGGAGCUCAUCACUGAGAGAGCUCAGGGUUCAGCAACUGUUCCCAAGGUACAUGUCCAGGACAAGAUGAUGAUUCCCAGUCAGACACUACUCAUACAGCAGCCUGCUAUGUAUUAUGCGGCUGCCCCCAUGUAUGUAGUUGAACCCAACCCCCAAAUGGUGCUUGUGGCAGGGGGCACCCAGCAGUCAGUUGGUCAAGUAGGUCAGGUUGGUCUAAGUCAGGGGCUGAUGCAGGUUGGUGGCCUCCAAGGAUCUCAGGGUGUGGUACUUGUCGAUAGGCAGGUAGGAAUGGGUGGAGUAACAGGGCAGGUAGGCCAGGGGCUGGUGCAGGUUGGUGGCCUCCAAGGAUCUCAGGGUGUGGUACUUGUCGAUAGGCAGGUAGGAAUGGGUGGAGUAACAGGGCAGGUAGGCCAGGGGCUGGUGCAGGUUGGUGGCCUCCAAGGAUCUCAGGGUGUGGUACUUGUCGAUAGGCAGGUAGGAAUGGGUGGAGUAACAGGGCAGGUAGGACAGGGGCUUUCAAAAGGGACCAUCUCCAGUGCUAGACAAGUGCUGGUGGUGGAGAAUGGGUCCUCGGGUGGAGGGCAAGGUGAACACCUAGCGCAUGGCUUUGUUCAGACAGGACAGGGGCUUACAGAGCAGAGCUUGGGGGUCAAAGGUCAAGGCGUGCAGGUAAAAUCUCAAACUUUUUCACUGGGUUCCCAUGGUUCUACGGGCUCAAAUGAGGACUUUGGGCUGACAGCCACACCCAAGUUGCAAGGGAGCCAGAGGGUGGUUGUGCAACAUAAGAAGGUCUCAGUCACUGAGAAAAGAAUUUAAACGAAAAUAUUUCACUAUAGUCUCUAUCCUAAAGUAUAGAAGUAUACAUCUGUUCAGAAGAUAGUUUAAUUGUUGUAAAACUUGUAAACAGAGAGAUUAGUCUGCUUGACCUACAGAGCAAUUCUGUACUACUGCUGGUAGUACAGUGUAUAAGAUGUGGUAUUGACUACACAACUAUUGUGGCCAUAAAAGGCACUGGAUUGCUAUACUAAUACUAGGUAGACUAGUAAAAUGACAUUUGUUAAUGCCAAUAAGUGCACUCAUUUCUUGUGUGCUACCUGUCAGCAUUAGAAAAUAUAUACUUUACACCAAUAGGGUAACAUUUGUUUUGUCCUAAUUCUACUGUUACAUUGUACUAUUGGUGUAACAGCAGAAUUAGGACAAAACAGAUGUUUUUAAGUGGCAUAAUAUGACUUCUGUCAGUAUGCCUCAGUUGAGAACAAACCUUGAAAAAACAUUAAGUGUGACUUUCCCACAUCACAAGUGUGCAUUAGUGCAAGUCUAAUGUCAGAUCAGUGAGUUCCUGCCUGCACUGGCUGCAGUUGGCUCUCUACCCCUGAAGGCUGCACCUAGGAACCAAUCACCUGUCAGAACUCUCCUUGUACAAUCAAAAACCACUCAUAACACCCACAGCUGCAGCUCAGGGACAUCCACACCAAAGUAAGAACAAAGAGACAAAACAUUUAAUGCACCAGUUCAAGGAGAGAAAGGUUAUAGCUGUAACACUAGACAGCCAGUGUCAACAAUUAGUCUUUAAAAGCAGUGAUGGUAUAUAUUAUGAGUUUAUUGUAAUGGAUGUGGAAAUGGAUGGUGGAUAAUGAGGUCAUAAUAUAUUUGAAGGCCAAUACUCUUGUUGCUGGUACAGAUCAAUACCCUAAGUCCUACAGUUAUUGUAUGAUCACUAUACAAUGGAGCUCACUUAUUGCUCUUUUGGAAAGGAACAGCACAGAUCAUGGCUGUGCAGGUUUGUUUACAGCACCCAUUUGUAAAAGAAACAACAAGAAAAUGAUUAUUAUAAGAGUGACUGAGGCAGAGGCGGAACAAAGUUUCUGAAGCUAGUAUUAUGAUGUGUUUAUCUAUACAGUUUCAGUGAUUCUGAAGAUACCUGGUUUGCAUUUUGCAGUAUUUUACAUGACUUUUAGAUUGUUUUAGAUCAGUUGUGCUGUAGGCAAUAACGAACUCUUAAAUGGGUUGUGGAAUGUAAAUGCUGAUGAAAGCAGUACCUGCAGAAGAACCAAGCCCAAGGUGUUUGAAUGAUUUAGUGCUCCAAGAAGGUAUCAGAUUAUUUUAUCAUUAUACAACAUAGUCAAUAUAGACCACAAACCACACAAGUGCUCUGUUAUUGCACUCCUUAUAUCUUGUGCAGAAUAUUUGAGGGUUUUUCAUGUUGUACUUUUACAGUAAGCCAAAUCCUAACUCCAAAGGUUCCAAGUGCCAAAACGAUCAACACUGUGCUCAAUAUACUGAUGGCCCUAUUUCUUUUGACUCUUUUGUUUUAUUACAAAUAUGUAUUGUGCCAUAAUUAUCAGGUAGACUUUUAAUGUUGUUUUUUACUGCAUGUAUGUGUGUAAAGGUAACAUGGUUAAGCUUUCAAUGCACUUAAAACAUUUGAUGGGACUGUUUGAUAAUACUGUUUUUGCUAUACUUCUAUUUUCAUCUCUAGUUUCUAACGUGCUGUGUGAAUAUAUUGUUUUAGAAUACUAGACUACUAAAGCAGCGUGAUAAUUAGGAUGUUUUUGGUUUUUAAGU